AUGGCAUAUUCAACAUUCCUCGAUAUUUUUGGGGCUCGUCCUGCUGGAAGUAAGAACUUGGAAAAUGCAAUAGAUUAUAUGAAGCGACUUACGUACCACAGUGGAAUCAAAAAUGUCUUUACGGAGAAUGUUUCGGUACCACAUUGGCAACGGAUCUAUGAAUCUGUCAAAAUGAUACGUCCUCGCGUAAAAGAUAUUACAGCAAUUGGUCUAGGACUUAGUGUUGCAACUCCUCGUUAUGGCAUUACUGCGGAUGUAAUUGUUGUUCGUAGCUUCGAAGAAUUGGAUGAAGUCAAUAAUGUACAAGGGAAAAUUGUUUUAUUCAAUACUAUAUUUACUACAUAUAUAGAAACCGUAGUAUACAGAGUUUAUUCAGCAAUAAAAGCUGCUCAAAAGGGAGCCAUUGCAGUAUUAAUUAGAAGUCUAACGCCUUUUUCAUUGUAUACUCCUCACACCGGUGUAUUAACUUAUAAACAAAACGUCAAAAAGAUACCAGCGGCUGCUAUUACAAUAGAAGACGCCGAUUUAAUUCAAAGAUUAUAUAAUUACGGAGAAAAAAUUACAAUAAACAUAACAAUGUUAAAUACAUUAAAUAAAAAAACAUCUCGAAAUACUAUUAUUGAUCUGAGGGGAAGUUUGGAGCCAAGAAAGAUAGUGAUAGUUUCAGGUCAUAUAGAUAGUUGGGAUGUAGGACAAGGAGCUAUUGACAACGGUGGUGGAAUGAUGAUUAGUUGGUUUGUACCUGUGAUAUUAAAUUAUUUGAAUUUAAGACCUAGAAGAACUAUACGCUCUAUUUUAUGGACUGCAGAAGAAGAGGGCCUUAUUGGUGGAGCUGAGUAUAUAAGGAGACAUAUGAAUGAGCUAGAUAACAUCAAUUUUGUGUUGGAAUCCGAUGCAGGAACCUUUAAACCUUUAGGCUUAGAAAUAGCUGGAUCUAAAAAUGCAAAAUGUUUAAUUGCAAACAUUUUAAAACUUUUUUCGCCGAUUAGUAAGAUAAAACUUGUUAAUAAUACAGGAUCCGAAUUAUCCCUUUUUGUUAAUAAUGGAAUUCCAGGAGCAUCAUUGUUGAAUCUAGAUGAUAAUUACUUUUUAUACCAUCAUACAAAUGCUGAUACUUUGACAGCGCAAAAUAAAUAUCGAGUAAUAGAUUGUGCCGCGUUUUGGGCAGCGAUAUCUUACGUUAUUGCAGAUAUACCGAUUCCGGUACCACGACACUGA